AUGGAUACAAACGAAAAUGAUGAAAACUUAACAGAAGAUGAUGACAAUGUCAAAUAUGAUAAACCUGAAUCACAUAAAAAUUUCUGGAAGUCGUUUGGUUUAGACAAUAAAGCAGGUAAGCUACUUUAUUACCUGUACGGAGAAAGAACAAAAAUUAACCCUGAUUUAAUUAAUCCGAAAAGCUUUGUUAAAAAAAAGAAAGAAAAGGAAGAAGAGAAUGAAGCCCAGAAAAAAGGGUCCAGAAAAGUUCAGAUAAGCUACCCGUCCUUUAAAAAAAAGAAUGAAAAAGAAAAUCCCAUCGACAAAAUACCCCAUAAAAAGCCAUUGUCUAAAAUCUUAGAAGAAACGAAAAAUUAUGAAAGCAUAAAAGAAAUUCCUAUACAUAUUGGGAAAAAUCGAAAUGAAGAAAUAAAAAAAUUAAAUGAACUUUUUCUUGAGAAACAAUGUAAGGUUGUACCACCCAGUUGUGCACCUAUAGUCUUAACUGACGAAGAAAGAAAAGAAAUUAUUCAAAGUGCACAAAAAAGAUUAACAGGUUUUAGUAAUGCCCAUAGUAAAGAAGAGAAGAUGAUGGAUGCUCUAAAAAAUUAUAGAUCUGAGUUAAUAAUUGAGUUAAAUGAAAAGAUAAGUCAGUAUAAAAGUAUUACGUCCAAGGAAAAAACAAAUAAUUAUGUUCUUACUACAAACCCUAGGGAAUCAAAUGAGUUUGAGUACAAAAAAAUUGAACUCAAGAAUGAUAUUGAUCAGUGUAAGGUAAAUAUAAAAAAAAUAGACGACCUUUUAGACUUGUCUAAGUGA